AUUGCUUUGUAGUUGGGGAGGAUAAAUGUACUUUUCCCUUUCUGUCUAUAUUCUCUGCUGUUGGAUGUACAUGAAAGAGCAAAACUUGAUUUUCAAUGUCCUAAAUAUUGUAUCCUAUUGGUUUUCUCUAAAAGCAAAACUUUACUUUAAUGCAAGCUCGCAUACCCUUGAUUCUACAUGAAAGUUAUGCCGAUUAACCCCAAAGGAUAGCACAAUUGGCUAGUAACCAUACUUAAUGAAGUGGAGGUCAAUGUUGGAAUCUCUCUACCGUCUUCCCUUCAGGUUAAAUGCAAUAAAAAGGGGGGAAAAAAUAAAGUCAAGUGGAUCUGAGUUCAAGCUUAGCCACAUAUUGUAAACUCGAGCUUGAGAGAAGUUUGAGCCACGUUCAAAACAUUGAAUGAAUUCCUCUUUUGGAGUGUCAUGUUUUUUUUCAGUGGUCCUGAUGGAUUUAGUAGUGAUGGACCCCUAUGCGACCAAUCCUGGACCAGUUGAUAGUUCCAUACUCUAUGAUCAGGAUAAACAUGUGUCAUCAGCAGUAUGGGAAGGGCAGGAGCGUGGUGCACUUAGAUGUCACGAGCACACUUCAAAGCUUGAUCAAUGGACACUUACAACAAAACAGAUUGAGUUGGUAGAGAAGGCUGGAUUUGGCUACUUGAAAUUGAUUCCGGCAAUUAGUCUAGACAACCCCCUUAUCUCUGCACUAGUUGAGAGGUGGAGGAGAGAAACCAAUACAUUUCACUUGAAUGUUGGAGAAAUGACCGUAACCCUUAAAGAUGUUGCACUCUUGCUUGGUUUGGCAAUUGAUGGAGAACCUGUAAUAGGUAUAACAUACACCACGUGCAGCUCGGUUUGUGAAAAGUAUCUUGGGAGAGCUCCAGAGUCUGGUUACACAAGUGGUGGAAUGGUGAAGCUAAGUUGGUUGAAAGAGUUCUUUUCUCGAUGUCCUGAAGAUGCACCAAUUGAAUUGAUUGAGCAGCAUACACGUGCUUACCUUCUAUAUCUUGUAGGCAGCACAAUAUUUUCCACUACUACCGGAAAUAAAGUCCCUGUCAUGUAUCUUCCAUUGUUUGGGAAUUUUGAGCAAUGUGGAAAUUAUGCAUGGGGGGCAGCUGCGCUGGCAUUCUUGUAUAGGGCCCUUGGAAAUGCCUCUCUUAGAUCUCAAAGUACUAUCAGCGGCUGUUUGACUCUACUACAGUGUUGGAGUUACUUUCACCUCAAUGUUGGGCGACCAAAGCUCAAUCAUGAUCCGAUGCAUGAUCGCUUUCCAUUUGUAUUAAGGUGGAAAGGAAAACAAAGUGGCCCAACAGCAAACCGUGAUGUAGUUUUUUACCGUAAGGCUUUGGAUUCCCUGAAAAAUUGUGAUGUGGAGUGGCUUCCUUACAAAAAUAUGGACAGUAUGGUAAUUCCUGAAGAUAUUAAAAGUACUCUAAUUCUUGGGAGGUCCAGGACAAUGUUGAUAUGCUUUGACAAGGCAGAAAGACAUCUCCCAAAUCGCUGCCUAAGGCAAUAUGGCAUGCUUCAAUCGAUUCCAGAAGAUGUGCAGCGAUGGGAGAGAAAGAGUCGUGGCGUUGAUGGUGGGGUUGACUUGUCAGGGAAAAUGGAGUCGGAGCUUAAAGAAUGGUUUGACCGACGACUCCAUAUUGUGGAAGGUGAUGAUUGUGCAGAUGAGAGUGAGUACAUGCAAUGGUAUCUGAGAAUCACUCGUAAAUUUGUAGGAAGACCUAUUUCUCUUUCAUCUGAGUUUCAAAGAACAAAUGCUGGUUUGAGGGAUAUUGCGCACAUAGCAGAUACGUUCUCAACAAAAGGGUUGGAUCCCCAACAAAUUGAAUCAAUUUCAAGGAUCAGAUAUAUUGCACAUGAGUGUCUGAGGGACCAAAUUGGAGGUCCAGUCAUAGUUUCAGCAAGCCCAGAAACUGAACUUGGGAAAAGGGUAAGAGGAAAAGAGAGGGUAAGGAGGAAGGGUAGUGGAAAACGUCUCCGGAAGGAUGAACAAGUGCAGAAUAAUGAAGUUAGCGAUGAUGAUCAAUCACAGUUUGGUGGUGCUGCCAUGGAGAUUGAUCAACUGCAAUUAACCCAUUCUGAUAGAGAGGUGGAUCAGUUGCAGAUAUGUCCUAUAGAUAGUGAAGUCAAUGAUUUGCAGCUAAUUCGUGCAACAGAUGAGGGUGAGAAUGCAGAGCUUUGCAAUGCAGAUACUGAGGUUGAACAUUCAGAGCCAGGCCAUGCUUUGGGUGAGGAAGAAAAUGUAGAACCAAGUCAUGCAGCUGGUGAGGAAGAAAACGGAGAGCUAAGCCAUGCAGCUGGUCUCGAAGAAAAUGCAGAAUUAAGCCAUGCAGCUGGUAAGGAAGAAAAUGCAGAGCUAAGCCAUGCAGCUGUUAAUGUUGAUGAUAAGCAGCUUCCUGAAGCACCUAAGGAGGUUGAGGACCCGCAGCUUUCUGAAGCAACGAAGCUGGUGAACGGCUCUCAACUUUCUAAUGCAACUAAAGAGAUUGGUGACUCGGAGCUUCAUGACAUAACUAAGGAGGUUACUGAAACACAGCUGUCCGUCGCAAGUAAUGAGGCUGGUGACGAAAGUAAGGAGGUUGUUGAAUCGCAUCACUCUCUUGCAGCUAAAGUAGGUGAUGCAACUAAGAAGUUUACUGAAUCAGAGCUUUCUGUUCCAACUAAUGAGGUAGAUUAUUCUCAGUUUUCAAGUGAGAAUGAUCCACAGACUGAUAAAGAAGCAUUAGAUGUUGUUCCACCGUCAUCUCCUGAAAAUCGUGAAGAUAUUGCAAAGGGUGAUUGCAGCGUAGUAGUAUAAAAUGAAGACUUUACCAUGUGAUUUUGUAGAGGUAUUCCUGUCUCAAUAUGUAAAAGGUGUCCAUAUAUAUUGUGAUGAUUAUAGGUAUUCUCUCUCGUGCGUGACUGCACCUACAGCUCAUGAAUAUAAAUUCCAUUUCAUCAUGACAGGCAGCCCAAGACUAACCAUAGCAGUUCGUCUAAAUUAGCUAGACAUUGGGGCGAGAGUUAGAAGAAGCUUCUUUGUAUGUGACUAGAUAGGCUAAAUCUGGUUGUGUUGGUCAGCGGAAUGUUAUAAUGUUGUAUUAUUUGAGUAAUUAUGACAUCUGAUCUGAUCUGCUCUUAUAACAUCAUCUGUGGUUUUUGGAA